GUGGGAUGGGUGGGGUUUUCAUUGCAGCAAACCGUGCGGGAGGGGGUGAAGACCGAGCGGGGGAGGUGCGGAGAUACGAGCAUCUGCCUAGGUGUGGAUCAACAAAUCCUCAAAACAAGAAAUUAAUUCAGUGCUUAAAUAUCGCAGGUCAAAAAUUCCACCUUGUCUUCACCUCAAGCUCCAAGAGUAUGUUGAAGGCUUUGUCUGGAAUUUGUUUCCUUCAUCUCACUACCAUCUUCUUCUUAUUUUGGGCCACUAUUGAUGAUGCCUGGUGGUUUACGAGGAGCAUGUACACAGACUUGUGGGGGAGAUGGGUGAUGGAGGAAAACGAUGAUGUCUGGGUAUACAUGGACAUACCAACAUCAUAUCGGAAAGAUUACCUUCAGGCAGUGCAGGGCUUUGCAGUGUUGGCUUGCAUCUUUGCUGUCCUCUCGCUGUGUGUGUUCAUAUUCCAACUCUUUACGUUGGGAAAAGGACAGAGGUUUACCAUGUCUGGAGUCGUGCAGCUCCUGUCGUGUUUCUGCAUCAUGGUGGCCCUGUCGGUCUACACAGACCAUUUCCACAGAAAGGAGAAUGGCUGGUAUGGCUGGUCUUACAUCAUGGCCUGGAUUGGAUGGCUGUUGGCUCUGCUCACGGGAGGCAUCUACAUAAUUCUGCGAAAGAGAGUUGAUUAAACCCCAAAAAUGGACCAAAGCCAUGACACCAAUUAAAGGAAUAUGUUGAUCAAAAAACGCUAAUGUUGCUAAAUGUGAACAAAAGCUAGGAAGAGCUGAUUAGCAAACAAAAUGAAGCUAACAAGUACCCAACAUCUUAUAUUUUUUUAAUCUACAUAAUUGUUUUGGAUUAAGUGUUAAUUUUUGCAUAGUUCUUGACUAAAAUGAAAUUUAAUAAAGAAAUACAAUUAUUGGCCUAGGUUUAAUCUACAUUGGGAAAAUUGUCCUCUGGUUCCCAGAAGGAAGAUUAAAUCUUGUCCAGAACAAAAUAUCACAUCAGUAGACAUACCUCUCAGGUCUCACACACUGGCCGUGAGACAUUCAUUUGGGAAAGUCUCAUACUCAACCAACCAAAUCUCAUACAUCACUAAAAUGCUCUACCAUAAUAAUCAAUAAUCAGUCAGGUUCAUUGCUUUGACUGUAUCUGAUUUGUUGCUGUGGCAAUAACAAAUAAAAACCAAAAUCUAAAUGGCUGAGUCCUCCCACCACUGAGACUGAUUAUUAGUCUCCCCGACCCCGAACAUGAAAACGUUUACUGGUGACCCCCUGCCAAAAUCUCACACAUUGGAAAUUUCUGACCCUGAGAGGUAUGAAAACUCCAUUUAAAACCCACCUUUUGAAUCAGGAUGAGGCUAAGUCUGUCUAGUAAACUGGACUCUGGUCUGCUUGUAAUAGCACAUACUGCAUAGUUAGCAUAGCCUCUGUGAAUAAAACUGCCCAGCAUUUUAACCAAGGGCAUAUGGGGAAUAAUAGAGGAGAACAUGAAAUAUAUUCGCAAAGAUAUGCAUUUAACUAUCACACCAAGAAUGAGCUAGAAUAUUGAGUUUGAAUUAUUUUAAACUCAUUGUAGCACAAGCUUAAAACUUUUGUCCAGCUAAGUGGCUAGUUAAUCAAUUACUAUUUAAAUCAAGUAUUUAAUUGGGUUUAAGCAUUUGUCUAUAACAUCUAUAAAAGGAAAAAAAAUCUGUAUAAAGUGGUCUUAGUCUGAUGUAUUUCUGAUUCAUUUGAAUAUUUCCUCGGGGAAAGACAACUAAGAGUAAAAGACAACUCGGUUAACUAAAACUUGCCAUUUUUUAAAUUCAAUAGUGCUCUUUAGUGGUAGAGUGAAUGGAAUGUGAACGGAGUAAUGUGAGAUCCAUGUUAAGCAAAUCAAAUUGUAAAGAAAAUGUACUUGAUGUGUACAGAAAGACAGAUGAAUGUAAAUAUAUACAUACUAUAUAGAAAUUAUAUGAAUAUAGUUCAAGAAUGCAAAGAUCUCCUAGAACAUUUCCACCAAUUACUUAUACAUCAGUCACAUGGUAUUGUGAUGUUUACGUUUACCUUGAUUGUGUUCCUUUGCAUAGUUUUUCUCAUUGUCUGCAGUGGCUUCUGCUUGGAUGCAUUUAUAUUUUUGUUAUUCAUUUGACUGCUUUUUAAAUUAAUAUUAUUAUCUAGAGACACCUCAGUCUGGGCUCAGGACCAAGUUUAAGAUGAGUCAUUUCUGUAUGUAUUUUACAGUCUGGUGCUGUAUCACUUAAGUGUGACUAGUAAACACGGUUAGAAUACAA